UGUAUGUAGUUUGAAUGGCACUGUGCUGAUCUGGAAGAACUGAGCAGAAGGGCAUCUUGGAAUGGUCUGUGGCUGUAAUGUUAGAGUUCAUUGGCAGCCAUUUCUUCAUCAUGAGAGAGCAAUUGCCAGUUGCCAUACUCCUAUCAUUGGUGAUUACAAAUGCCAUCAGUCUCAUGGAAAAUGCUCAACAGGAAAAACAUAGAUGUGACGAGGAUACAAUUAUUACCACAAAAACCAAAUGUGGAGCUUGUUCUGUUAAUGAUAAAAUCCAGUGUCCUGAAGGUUAUACCAAAAUUACCAAUGGCGUUGGGAGACGUGGCUGCAGAUACUACGUUGAAAUCAGUUCUUUAUCUCUGUCUUUCCAUGGAUGUCGACAUACCUGUAUGGGAACGUUCCAGCAGCCACAGUGUUGCCCAGGAUACUGGGGACAAGACUGCCUAGAAUGUCCAGGUGGAGCAACAUCACCUUGCAAUAAUAGAGGACAUUGUUUUCAGGGUAUUUGGGGGAAUGGAACAUGCUCCUGCCAGAACACAUUUGGUGGAACUGCCUGUGAAAAGUGUGCAGAAGACAAUCUUUUUGGACCUAACUGUACUUCAGCAUGCAGCUGCAUUCAUGGAAUAUGCAACAGUGGGGUAACUGGUGAUGGUCAAUGCCUGUGUCUGUCUGGAUACAAAGGUCCUCGCUGUGAUCAACCAAUACCAGAAUGCAAAGCCUUAGAGUGCCCAGAAAAUUCCAGAUGUUCUGUAUCAAGUGUGGACAAAAACCAACUGGAAUGCAAAUGCCUUCCCAAUUACGAAGGCGAUGGCAAGCAAUGUAAACCUAUCAAUCCAUGCUCCAAAAUGGUUUGUGAUCCUCAUGCUGACUGCCUAUAUCUUGGACCCAAUCAUCAUAACUGUACGUGCCAAUAUGGAUAUAAAGGCGAUGGCCAAGUAUGCGUACCAAUAAAUCCUUGCCAAACAAAAUAUGGUAACUGCCCUACAGACUCCACAGUCUGUAAAUAUGAUGGCCCUGGAAAGUCUCACUGUGAAUGCAAAGAACAUUUCAGCAACUUCGUACCUGGCCAAGGAUGUAGUAUGAAAGAUAUCUGUGCAACCAACAAUCCCUGCCAUAAAGAUGCCGUAUGUUCAAUCACUGCACCAGGGCAAACUCUGUGUAUGUGCCAAAAGGGCUAUGUAGGUGAUGGAUUUAUUUGCUAUGGAAACAUCAUGGAUCAGAUUAGAAAGAUGAAUGCCGAACCUGGAGGAUAUUGGCAAGGAAAUCUGAUAUUUGCUAUAGAACUUUUUGAAAGUGCCUAUGAAUGGCCACUCACUAGUUUGGGACCAUUUACAGUUCUUGUUCCAACAAAUAAAGGAUUCGACGGAAUUAAUAUUAAAGAACUUCUUUCUGAUAAAGAGAGUGCACAAUAUUUCGUGAAGCUUCAUAUAUUUGCUGGACAACUCAGCUUGAAUGAGCAGAAUGAUACAAGAACAGUUUAUACUUUGGCGGGCAAGCCAGCAGAUAUAUUCAACGAUGAAAUGGAAAAUUUACUAAGAAUUAGAAUUCAGGGAGGUAAGAAGAAGGGGAAAAUCCUACAAGGGGAUAUUGUUGCUUCAAAUGGAAUCAUUCAUAUUAUCGACACAGCCCUGGACAAUAUGGAACCCACGUUUAAAGGUGAUAAAGAGAGAUCUGUAAUGGCAGUGCUUCAAGACAAACCAAGAUACUCCAGAUUUAGAUCCAUGGUAGAGAACACUGUCCUGGGAACAAUGUUGGAUAAACAUCCUGGCCCUAAUACAGUUUUCAUUCCAACCAAUGAUGCUUUGGAAAACUUGAAAGAGGGCACUCUGGACUACUUGUUGUCAAGUGAGGGUUCACGAAAGCUUCGCGAACUGGUUCAAAAUCACAUUGUUUCUCACACACAGUUGGAGGUUGCCAGCCUAAUCUCUAUAGUGCACAUCAAAACUAUGGCUCAACAGUUCAUCUAUUUCAACGUCACUGAAAAUGGACAAGUCCUGGUCAAUGGCAAGAAAAUAGAAGAAGCUGACAUUGCUGCAAAAAAUGGCAGAAUUUACACUGUUUCUGGUGUACUUAUACCUCCCUCUAUAAUUCCAAUUGUGCCACAAAGAUGCAAUAACGAGAAAUUUGAACUUAAGUUGGGAACUUGUGGAAAAUGUCGUACAGUCCAUAGAAACAGUUGUCCAGAAAAUUCACUACCUGUUGCUUUGUUAAACAGAAAAUGCAUCUACCAAGAUCGUUACCUGCUGAAAUAUGGGUGUGCUCAGUACUGUAAUGUGGCAAAAAAGGAGCCUGAGUGUUGCAAAGGUUUCUUUGGCCCUGAAUGCAAUCAGUGUCCUGGUGGCUUUUUGAACCCCUGCUCUGGAAACGGUCAGUGUAUGGAUGGGAUGAAAGGCAAUGGCACUUGUAUUUGCAAGAGCGGAUUUGAAGGGUCGCAGUGCCAGUUUUGUGCAGAUCCCAAUAAAUAUGGACCACAAUGUGACAAAGAAUGUACAUGUGUUUAUGGAAAAUGUGACAACCAGCUAGACGGUGACGGGAGCUGCCUUCCUGGUUCAUGUAAAAGUGGCUAUGCUGGAAAAGCCUGUGAUGCACAGGUGUUUCCAUGUGGGCCUUUUCUUCAGUUCUGCGAUUCCCACGCUGAUUGCAUCUUUAGCAAUGGUACCAUGCGCUGUGCUUGUAAACCCGGCUAUGAAGGUGAUGGAAUAAUUUGCAGUGAAAUUGAUCCUUGUGCUCAUAUAAAUCCACACAGUUGUAAUGCUAAUGCAGAAUGCAUCAAGACUGGUCCUGGAACUCAUGAAUGUGUGUGCCAGCCAGGAUGGACAGGAAAUGGAAGAGACUGUUCAGAAAUCAACAAUUGCCUGCUGUCAAAUUUUGGAGGGUGUCACACUAAUGCUACUUGCCUAUACAUAGGUCCAGGCCAAAAUGAUUGUGAAUGUAAAGAAGGGUUUCGGGGCAAUGGAUAUGAAUGUGAACCAAUAAACUACUGUUGGGAACAAAAUUGGAAAUGCCAUCCUUUGGCAGUUUGUCAGCUCACAACUUCUGGAGUCUGGAAAUGUGUGUGUUCAAAGGGCUAUGAGGGAGAUGGCAGUAUAUGCUAUGGCAACGUUAUGGAUGAAUUGUCUUCUCUGUCAGCUGGCUUUAAUGAGUGGAUUAAUACAGCUGCAAUAAGAACUCUGCUGACAGACAUGAACAAUAUAACCAUCCUUGCACCUUCCCACCAAGCAAUUCAAAACAUGGAUCAAGAUACAGUUGCUUUUUGGACAUCCAAAAACAACAUUCUGCUCAUAACCAAGCAUCACAUAUUAAAUGGAACAUACACAAUCGAGGAUCUCCGAAAGCUGUCACAGUCUGAUGGAUUUGCAACAACUUUGCAGGACAACUUCCUAUCAUUGUCAAAAAGGAAUGGGAAUCUUUCAAUUGAUGGAGCCAACAUAGUAACUGGUGAUAUUGCAGCUACAAAUGGGAUUAUACAUAUAAUUGAUAAGGUUCUGGCACCCCUCAGAGGAGUGAGUAGCACGUUGCCAAAACUGCUUCUUCGCUUGGAACAGAUGCCAGAUUACUCCAUUUUCAGGAGCUAUGUUAUUCACUACAACCUGGCAAAUGAAAUAGAAGCAGCGAGUACUUACUCUGUUUUCGCUCCAAGCAAUAACGCCAUUGAAAGUUAUCUGAAGAAUAAACAGGCAGUAUCUCUCGAUGAAGAUCAGAUCCGGUAUCAUAUUAUCCUGGGAGAGAAGCUCUUGAAAAAUGACCUGCAUGAUGGGAUGUUCAGGGAAACCAUGCUUGGAUUGUCCUUCAGAGUAGGAUUCUUCAUUCAUGAGGCUCAGCUCUACAUAAAUGAGGCACCUAUAAAUUACCCAAAUGUUGCAACAGAUAAAGGAAUAAUCCAUGGACUGGGAAGAGUAAUGGAAAUUGUAAAGAACAGAUGUGAUAUUAAUGAUACUGUGAUUAUAAAUGGAAAGUGUGUGCCCUGCUCAUAUAUAUCUAACUGCCCUGCUGGAAGUACACAAAUUCCAGGCAAGAAGGGGAUCUGCUAUUAUUUCUACUUCUAUGGGAAAAGCCUGCGUGUUGGAUGCCAGUCAAAAUGUGCUAAAACUAUAAUUACCAAAGAAUGUUGUGCAGGUUUUUAUGGCCCACAGUGUGAGCCUUGUCCAGGAUUAUCCGGAAAUACAUGUUUUGGCAAUGGAAUUUGCUUGGAUGGCAUCAAUAGCACCGGGUCUUGCGCGUGUGAAGCGGGAUUCCAGGGAGUGGCCUGUGAUCGAUGUAUUGAAGGCAAAUAUGGCAACAGCUGUGAUCAAGAAUGUGCCUGCAUCCAUGGGAAAUGCAACAGUGGUAUUAAAGGAGACGGCACCUGUGAAUGUGAUGUGGGUUGGAGAGGUGUCAAAUGUGACAGCGCAAUCAGAGAUGAUAAGUGCAACAAUACCUGCCACACCAGUGCCAACUGUUUUCUCAAUCCUGUUGGUCCAGCAUAUUGCAAGUGUGCAGCUGGGUUUAGAGGGAACGGUACAUAUUGUACAGCUAUUAAUGCGUGUGAGAACAACAAUGGAGGUUGCUCUGCCAGAGCAGAAUGCAGACGUACCACUCCAGGAAACCGAGUGUGUGUUUGCAGAACAGGCUACUCUGGCGAUGGAAUUGCCUGCUUUGAAAUCAACCCCUGCUUGGAGAAGAAUGGAGGAUGUGAUAAAAAUGCAGAAUGCACUCACACUGGCCCCAACAAGGCAGCGUGUAACUGUUUAAAUGGCUAUUCUGGAGAUGGGAAAAUAUGCACAUACAUCAGUCCUUGUACAUUGAAUAACGGUGGAUGUGGAGAAAAUGCCAUUUGCAAUGAUACUUUGCAGUCAGAAAGGACCUGCACCUGUAAACCCAACUACAUUGGAGAUGGGUUUACUUGCAGAGGCAGCAUCUUCAUGGAACUUUCAAAGAAUUUCAAUACUACUCGGUUUAAUGGGCAGCUAAUGGAUGCUGGGAUCAGAGAUAUCUCAGGAGCAGGGCCUUUCACUGUUUUUGUACCAACCAAUGAAGCCAUUCUUGCUGAAUUAAAAAUAUCCAAUUGGGUUUCCAAAGGUGUGAUGCCCCAGAUUCUUCGUUAUCAUAUUAUAUCCUGUACAGGACUGCUGUAUAAUGACCUGACUUCAGAUAAAACUGUCAUCACUCUCCAAGGAGAUCCGCUCAAGGUCACAUUUGUACAGAACACAGUGCUUUUGAAUGGCAAAGCGAAGAUAUUAGCCAGUGAUCUAAUCACCACAAAUGGAGUAAUCCAUAUCAUAGACAAGGUCCUGGUUCCACAGAAGAUUCAAGAGUUUCCUCCUGGACAAUCAAAACCUGUAAAGGAAAACCUCAAAAUUAUUGCAGCAAAAAAUGGGUACAUCAUGUUCUACAACUUGAUAGAAAGUUCAGGACUGAUAAAUCUUAUUACUGAUCCUCUUCAUCAACCAGUCACUUUGUUCUGGCCCACCGACAAAGUGAUCAGAGCUCUGCCAAAGGAACAGCAAGAUGAACUAUUUAAAAUGUCAAACAAAGAGAAACUGCUACAGUACUUGAAAUUCCAUAUUAUUGGGAGUGCUAAGAUUUUAGCGUAUGCCCUCCCUAGCUCAGAUUCACUGAAGACACUUCAAGGUUCAGAUCUUAGUGUGAAAUGUGGUGAUGAUGAAACCAAUACUGGUGAAUUGUUCCUUAAUGAAAGGAAGUGCAAGAUCAUACAAAGGCAAUUAGAAUUUGACGGUGGCAUUGCUUACGGGAUUGACUGCAUCUUAACCGAUCCCAUCUUUGGAGGUCGCUGUGACACUUUUAUCACAUCCGAAUUUCCGGGAGAUUGCAUCAGCUGUUACAGGAAUGCUCAGUGUCCUGAUGGAAGUAAAGUAACGGGAGAGAAGCAGCUGUGUGAAUAUACUAUCGGUCACAGGACCCUGUCAGGCUGUCGGAGGAGCUGCUCUUUGGUAGUGAGAAUACCACAGUGCUGUAAAGGAUUCUUUGGAAAUAAAUGCCAAGCUUGCCCAGGAGGUCCAGAAGCUCCAUGCAAUAACCAUGGGUACUGUGAUGAAGGCUAUGCUGGCACAGGACAAUGUAUUUGUAAUGCUGGCUUCAAUGGGACUUCAUGUGAGCUCUGUCUGUCAGGAAGAUAUGGCUUGGAUUGCAAAACCUGUGAUUGUACAACACAUGGACAGUGUGAUGAAGGAAUUUCUGGGUCAGGACGAUGUUUCUGUGAAACUGGAUGGACUGGACGGCUCUGUGAAAUGGAACUAGCUUCAGCCCCAGUAUGUUCACCCAGCUGUUCUGUUAAUGCAGUGUGUAAAGAUGAUAGUACCUGUCAGUGUAAGCCUUAUUAUACUGGGGAUGGACUCACAUGUACAGCUGAAAAGCUUUGUAAGAAAAGCAACGGUGGAUGUCAUAAGAAUGCAAAAUGUACACAAACUGGUUUGCAAGUCAAUUGUACAUGUCAGAAAGGAUACCAGGGAGAUGGCUACGUCUGCACUGCUAUCAAUCCUUGUACCGACGGACUCAAUGGUGGAUGUCAUGAACACGCUCUCUGUACAAUGACAGGGCCAGAUAAGCGUAAGUGUGAAUGUGAAGAAAACUACAUUGGGGAUGGAAUUGAUUGUGAGGUAAAUCAGCUGCCAGUGGACAGAUGUUUACAGGACAAUGGACAGUGCCAUGCAGAUGCUAUUUGUGCCGACCUCCAUUUCCAGGAUGCUACAGUUGGUGUUUUUCAUGUACGCUCUGCAAAGGGACAGUAUAAAUUGACUUAUGGUGAUGCAAAUAAGACUUGUGCAGAUGAAGGUGCUACAGUAGCUACGUACAAUCAGCUCUUAUACGCUCAGAAAGCCAGAUACCAUCUGUGUGCUGCUGGUUGGCUGGCUAAUGGACGAGUCGCAUAUCCAACAGCUUUCUCUGCACCAAAAUGUGGUGGAGGAGUUGUUGGCAUUGUUGAUUAUGGAAUCAGAGUCAACCUGAGUGAAACCUGGGAUGUUUUCUGUUACAGAGUCAAAGAUGUCAGCUGCGCUUGUAAGACUGGUUACGUGGGAGAUGGAUUUACAUGCAGUGGAAACUUGCUUCAAGUCCUUUUUUCUUUCCCAACAUUUACAAACUUUCUCUCGGAGAUUUUCGCUUACUCAAAUACCUCACGGAAAGGCCAAGAAUUCAUGAAAUACCUCACAGAUCUGUCCAUUAAGGCAACUUUGUUUGUACCAAACAAUGAUGGCUUGAGGAAGAAUGAGACAUUGUCUGGAAGAGACAUUGAGUAUCAUCUAACCAAGAACACCACCUAUUAUGAAGAUUUGGCCAAUGGAACGACCCUCCAAAGCAGAAUAGGGGAAAGGCUGUUAAUUACACACCAGGAAGAAAACCAAGAUCAGAUUUCACUUACAAAAAAGAUGACAACCAAAUAUGUGAAUGGUAAAGCUAUCUGUGAGUGGGACAUUAUUGCUUCCAAUGGGGUCAUCCAUGUCAUUGAAGCAUCACUUAAAGCACCCCCUGCACCUUCUGCUUUCCUACAUCCUGGAGCUGGCACAGGAAUAUUCUUUGCAGUCAUUCUGGUCAUUGGAAUCAUUGCUUUGGCUGGAUAUUCAUACUUCAGAUUUAAGAACAGAACCAUUCACUUCCAACUUUUCAAGGAAAAAGAUGACAUUGAUGUAACUACAUUGGACAAAGCACAAUCUACCAACAUCUCAAAUCCGAAUUAUGAAAGUUCAUCUGCUCCUCCACCAGAUCCUCCUUAUGAUCCAUUUUUGGUUUCCGAUGAGCAGCAGUUGGUGAGCAGUGAUUCCCCCAAUGAUUUCUGAUGUCUUCACUGGGAGAAAUAAUUUUCCUACUGGACAAUGAAGAUACAAGACAACACAUCUGGUUCAGGGAAGGGCCACUGAAGAACACAGAAAAUUCCUAAGGAAACUGAAUGUUGCUUAAUUUCCUUAGAAACUAAUUCUAUCAUUUUAGUUAUACAGAUCCUAAUAUCAAGAUACCAUUUUCCUUGUUUUGCUCUUUUUUCCAUGUGCUCCAGAAGUAACUAAUAUUACAAAACAGCAUUUUAUUUUGUAAAAAAAAUGGGAUAUAGCUAUGCUGUUUGGGUUGCUCCAAACUUGUCAUUAGAGGAAUGACACACAGAUAUUCUGCUCUUUUUUAAAAAAAAAAAAUGUUUUAAAAUGACUUAUUACAUAUUACACAAACAUUACAAUUUCCAGUUUUUUUUAAAAAAAUCACACAGGUAGUCCUCGCUUAACAACCGUUCAUU